AUCUGAUAAUCCUACUAGUAUUCGCUUUGUAGUUGUGGGUCUACGCCUACUUUCUGAGGCUCGCUCCAGUGCCUGACGAGGAGACCCCUCUCGUUGUUCCGUUCUCGCACCGCUUUGACGUAAGGUGAGUACGGAGGCCCCGGGAGACGUUUAUCUUCUUCCGUCGCUACUUCGACACCAUCACCCCCGCAGAGAUCACUUGGUAGCCUUGGGCUUCAUUGCCUGUGAUGAUUCGGGAUCGAUUUGCUGGUGCAGAAGAAACUGCACGUUUCAAGAUUUUGCUGGAAGGCCCGGUCUGUCGGGCUUGGUACCUGGGUGAGCGUUUCCUACGCCAGACCUUGGGCUUGCCAGAGCAGAUAGUUUCGGGUCCGCCUCCUACCCACAUGAAGGACACCGAGAGGUGCACUGCCGAGGAGAUGGCCGAUUACAUGAUCGGCUGGGACGCAGAGGGCUUUAGGGGCGAGGGCGACUACUCAGAGUACGUUCGGACGUACAUUAUGCGGCCUCUGAGCGGUGGCCGUUGAGCUGAAAGAGGGGGACCUACAGCGCCGGUAGCUGGAGCAGGAGCAGGGGUGGGAGCAUGAGCGCUGAGGGUGGCUCGGGGCCGUGGCAGGAGUAGAGCUCAGAGAGGACAGGGGGCUAGUUGGCCAGCACUGCCCGUGACGAUGACAUGCCGAGGGCGGGGUGGGGAGACUUACCAGAUUCCCAUUGCUCCCCCUCCGGCUGAUCAUGUGUUAGUUUGGUUCUACGGCUUACCUCCGACCUCUUCUGAGUACACUUGCCAGUCCCUAGAGCUGACUGCCUCCGUGAUGGGGAUGCUCCAGCAGAGCCUCGACCUUCUGGCCAUUUACAGUAUUCCGCCUCCCUUCCAGAUCCCUACCGUGGGAGGUGCUCCAGCUGGACCUUCUGUUCCUGCUGGAGGAGAUGGCAGAGUAUACCCCCGCACCAAGGCGGGGCACACCCAUGUUGGGAGUAGCUCACGGGCACCAGUUCCCGAUGAUGAUGAGUCCGAGGUGGAGGCAGAGGUGGAGUUAGAGUCGUCCGAUGAGGAGACCGGAGAUGGCACAGACUCAGAUGGCGGUGCCGAUGACGAUGCUCCUAGACCUUCGUCCAGGAAGAGGACGAGGACAGAUCCGUAGGCCUGAGACCACUUGAUCCAGAUUUUUGCUGCUUUUCUUCUUUUUCUUUUUCUUUUGUACUUUUGCUGGUAGCUUGAGUACCUUGUACUGCCGCAGGCAGGUUUU